CAAACCUGAGCAUUUAAAAUAGGUUUUCCAUGUUAGUGCAAGGAAAAAGUCCUAGAAAUCUGCAGACGUUGACUCUAAACACCAAGCUGUUCUUCUGUUUACGUCAAACAAGUGUUUCAAGCAGUAUAAACGGACAAUUAUUCUAAAUAUAACCCAACAGUUUAUUGGAAAAGUGUUGCAUUUGUUGCUUUGACUGGUUCCAGUGCAAACAGUGACUAUCUACAGCCUUGUUAGCUAAAAAAAACAACUCUAAAUCAAUGUAUAAAUCUGGUAUUUACAACAUAUUUAAUAGUUUUAACCUGGUAAUUUCAUCAACAUCUGUACACCAACGGAUUUCACCAGUAAGAAAAAAUAAUAUUUACUGGUAAAAUCUACGAUAACUAAGGUCCAGAAAUCCGCAGAUGUCGAUGCUAACUACCAAGUUUUUCUUCUGUUUACAUCAAUCAAGUGGUGUCACAUUUUAAAAAGUGUCUCAUACAGUUUUAAUGGACCGUUCUGCUCUUUAUAAUACCAACAGUUUAUUGGGAAAGUGUUGCAUUUUGGGCUGUAGUGGAAGAAGUUCCCUCAACUUGCAGCCUUAUUAGCCCAAAUCUACGUAAAAAGUUGGUAUUUGGAGCAUAUUUAAACAUCUUAACCUGGUUAUUUUCUACUGAAAUGAUCAGAACAGACUCUGAAAACAUAUCAACCUGUAAACCAGCACAGGACUGAAACACAGACCAGAUAGCUGCUGUUGGUGGACGAUACUGGAUGUUGAACUGUUUGCAAAGUUUAGUCUUCAUUACUCUUAAUAAAUAAGUCAGACCAGUCCAGACUUCUGAAAGACUUUCUAACCGAUGAGAAUUUGCUUAGAGAAGAACGUAUCGACCAAUCAGUUGACUCUCAUCGUGGUUUGUGUUGCUGAUUGGUGUCCAGAUGUUUUUGGGACCUUUCAAGACUCAGAAGCGUCAACCUUGGAGAAAACAGCUGACAAUGAAAAUAUCUCUUUGUUGAAGCCUCGGCUAAUUAUUCUCUGGACUAAUCGAUGAGUUGUUUGGUCUAUGAAAUGGCUUAAAACGUAGAAAAUGUUGAUUCCCAAGUUUACUCUUAAACUCUUGAACACCGAGUUAAAUAAAUUCAACCCCACCAUCUCCGCUAGUUUAGGACUGUUGAUAGCUAUAAAAGUGGCACCAUCGAUUGUCCAACCAAUGAGAAUUUCCACAGAUAAGAUAAUAUCGACCAACCAGUCAGCCCAGAGGUUACACAACCACUUCAUCCUGGUUAAUGUUGAUGUUUAGUCUUGUAAACCCCCAAAAGACUGGAAAUCAACUAUAAUUUAGAAAAUACAGUUAAAAAUGUGCAUUAAGGUGCUGAUUUUGUUUCCUCUACUGCACUGAAAACAAACCAUGAUUCUAAAACCAAGCUACAAACUGCCACUAGCACUAAACUCACACCGUCAAAAUUAGCCGUCAAGCAUUUCCUCAGUUAAUCAAUCAGUCGUUUGGUCUGUAAAAUGACAGAAAAUGGUGAAACAUGUGGAUCACAGUUUACUCAAAUGUCUUGUUUUGUCCAAAGAUAGACUAUAUUUGGUUUGGAGGACAAGUGUCUUGUGUUUAAACUAACAUGAUGAAAAUGGCUGUUGGGGCUGCAGAGGAUUUCUUAGUUGCAAUACCACAAAUGGCCACUAGGAUAAACUGUACCAUUCUAUUAAUAAAUCCACUGACAAUUGAUGGAAAAAUGGUGUUAAUCUUGUUUUAUAUUGCUACACAGGCGAAUUAUGUCAUAAAACAGCAACUAAUAGUUUUGCUGAGAUUGAGUUUGAUGCUUCAAAUUAGUGAAAUUCUCCUUUAACUGUCUUUUCUCCAGUUAAUCAGCCUUUGAAGGGUCCAGCAAACCCAGUUUAACCUGCAGAGAUUUUCUCUCCAGUGGCCUCCUGCGUUGAAUGAAUCAGUUGGAUAUUAAAAAAGAGGCGCUGCAGGGAUUUAGAACCUGCAGUUACAGUUCAACACAGAUUUAAAAAUUGAUCAGAAUUGAUUGAGCGGUAUUUUGGAGGUCUAGAUGUUUGCGGUUCACGCGGUUUAUGUUUGCGUUUCAAAGGGCAGCUGGUCUGUUUGUUCAUGAAAACACACCACUAAGAUUAUCUUCUGGAUGUAUGCAACAGGAUCUGGUUUAAACUGAAGCAUUUUACAGCUUCAGUCCUAAAACAGCAGGAAUUAAAGCAUCCUGCAGCGGAUAUAACACGAAAUAUACAUAAAAUAAGAAGAGAUUCGGUAGGAUUUAAUCAGAAAUACAACGUACUGAUGCUCUGCAAGGUAGGAAAUCAGAAUCUAAUCAAGAAUUUAAGCAUUAUUUCUGAUUAUUUUAGCUCAAUGUGGGAAAAGAGGGAUGUAAAGACGAAUCAGCAGCAAAUUGAAAACCCUUUGGAACAUUCAGGCCUGUUUGUAUUUCAAAGUGCACCGACUUUUAUCAGCGAGUUCCAUCUGUGAAGGGUCAGUUUGUCAAUCAGUGAAUAAACAAAAGUAACGCCACAGAAUUCUGACAAUCAAUAACACAAACACACAAAAAUGAUGCUCAGUCUGAUCACAAAGACAAAAAAAAGGCCUUAAAGAAACUUAAAAUGAUCAAAGAAGGUGUAGUAGGAACACAAAGGCUAAAAAAAUAGACUAAGUAUGAACAGAGAGACACUAACUAUCCACAAAGCACAAAAUAACCACAAAUAGAUUUAAAAUGAACACAAAAAACAAAAUUAAUCACAAAUGAAAACAAAUGACUCAAAGUGACCACAAACACACAAAAAUAACCACAAAUAAACAUAAAACGACCACAAAAUAACCUCAAAACAACAAUAAAUACGUUCAAAAUGACCACAAAAAGACAAAAAUAACCACAAAUAAACGUAAAAUGACCACAAAAUAACCUCAAAACAACAAUAAAUACGUUCAAAAUGACCACAAACACACAAAAAUAACCACAAAUAAACAUAAAACGACCACAAAAUAACCUCAAAACAACAAUAAAUACAUUCAAAAUGACCACAAAAAGACAAAAAUAACCACAAAUACACUCAAAAUGACCACGGAUACACAAAAAUAACCACAAAAUGACCACAAAUACACUCAAAUGAUCACAAAAAGAAAAAAUAACCACAAAAAAGUAAGAAAAUAACCACAAAGACUCAAAAUUACCACAAAACGCCAAAAAUAACCACAAAAUGAUCACAAAAGGACAGAAAUAAUCACAAAGAACAAUUUUAAGCUUAUUUUUUGUCAUUUUUCAUGGCUGAAUCUUCAUUUCACACAUUUUCGGACCUUUUUUUUGCAGUUUCUGGCUGAUAAAUGGUGUUAUUUUGUUGAUUUUUUAAACAGAAAACAUUGCUGGUGAGUUCUGGGCUUCAGACGGUUAAAUACAGGUUGUUGUUUUUAAAUGUGUCAAAGGGAAGUGGGUCAGAUUUCAGUCUGUUUGAGAGAAUUAAAGGGAAAGCUGUAACCUGAGCAGGACAGAUCAUGUUGGGAAAUCACCGCAUUUCUACCGACACCGAAUAUCUGUGUGUGUUCAGGUGGUCCAGAAUUAAUAUAAACAGAACUAAAUGUAAUAAAAUGUAACACAAUAAUGUAAUUUAAAGUGUAAAUCAGUGUCUCAGAGUUUAAUUGAGGCUCUGCUCUCCAAACCGGCCUACAUGUCACUGAUCAAAGGUUUAAAUUCUCACCACAACCUGCCUGUGUCCUGCCCUCUGAUUGGCUGAGACACGUGAGCCCAGGGGGCCCGUAGGCCACGCCCCCUCACACAGGUGAGGAUCGGGCUGCAGGUCGCCUCAGCUUUCAGUCUGUCAGUCGGUCGGCAGGAAGUCGUGAUGACAGAACAGAAGCAGCAGAAGAGAGGAUCUGGAAAGCAGCAAGACCGAGAUUACCACUCUGAUGUGGACAACGUGGUGGAGGAACGUCAGAAAUAUGGAAGAACCGUCAGCGAGAUUCUGCAGGAUCAGGAUCAGGAGGCUUCAGGGAGGAGGAAACCAGUUCUAAUCCGGUCAAAGACCUUCGAUAAUUCGCUGCUGACUCAGGUUCAAAUCGACUCCGACUCCAAGAUAGAAAGAAAGAAAUCUCACUACAGCCAGCUUUCCAAGAGCAACAGCCAGUACCAUAAAAUAUUCAAAGAGAUCAGCAAAGAGGAGCAGCUCAGACAGAGUUACACCUGUGCUCUGCAGAAAGACAUCCUCUACCAGGGCCGCAUGUUCGUCUCCGACCACUGGAUCUGCUUCCACUCCAAGGUGUUUGGCAAAGAUACCAAGAUCGCCAUCCCAGUGGUGUCGGUCACCAACAUCAAGAAAACCAAAACCGCCAUCCUGGUGCCAAACGCUCUGGUGAUCGCCACCGCAAACGACAGGUAUGUGUUCGUGUCGUUCCUGUCCAGAGACAACACCUACAAGUUCCUGAUGUCCGUCUGUCUUCACCUGGAGGAGAAAAGUCCAUGCAGCAGCCCGGUUCCUUCAUCAGCCGACAACAGCUUCAGAGGUCAGAGGUCGCCGCUAUCGCCUCGUUUCCCUCUGAGUAAGUUCAGCGAUCUGGAUGGAUCGGUCCGACAUAGGAGGCAGGAGAUGGAGGAGAGCAGCAGCUCCGACUCUCCAGAAUACGAGAAGAUAGCAGAGUUCCCCGUUCCUCCUUUCCUGGAUGUUUUAAAGCACAAAGACGCUUCAUCUCCUCCUGAACAUCCAGAACACAAAGUCAAGAACCAGCAUCAGAACCAGAACCAGCAUCAGAACCAGCAGAGCCCCGACAACCAGCAGCACAAAGGCUCAGAGCUGAUGAUCAGCAGCAGAACUCUGAAAGCCGUUUCUAUCAACACGUUGCUGCUCGUCUACAUGUUUCUAGUUUGUGUCCUGGUGCUGUCCUCUUGUUACCUGGCCUUUAAAAUCGUCUCGUUGGAACAAAGACUGACGACUCUCGGCUCCGAGUUCGUUCAUCCAGGAAAUGAUUUUCUGAGUUCUGACGUGAACACUGACCUUUUCUCUGAGCUGCUGACCGUCAACCUGAUGAAACUGGAAAAGGUGCAGAAGAACCUCCAGAGGCUGCUGGAAGAAGCAACCUGAAGAAACAUGAAAGUUCUGUAAACAUUCUGUACAUAUUCUGUAAAUAUGGAGUUUAUUAAAGGUAAACGUUACAACGCUGACAUGUUGCUGCCCUUUAAAAACAAACCGCUGUAGCUGCUGUACGUGUUCGAUGAAACAAAGAAACUGCAUCUGGUGUCAGUUUUUACCUGUGUCUAUCUGCUGAUGACUGAUGAAGCUCUGAGGCUCAGAAACGACGGAAAAAGACAAUAAAAAGUGACUAAUCUGGACAUUUGAGGGUCUAAAUCUCUGGAAAUAUUCACAGUAUGAAGGUAAAACUCUGAUUAAAUAAACUAAAGCUCCUGGAGGUGAAGAACCAGAUGAUUUUUGGGGAGAACUGGUUGAAUUUUAACGGAAAAACAUCAAUUUCCUUCACAGUGUUAUUCUCCAUUUGACCACCAGAGGGCGCCACAGUAAAACCACUCACUACACAUUAAUCACGUUUAUUUCUGCUUCUUCCAACAGACUGUUACAGAGAGAAGAAUGUCUGCGAUUCUGUAAAUAUUCUAACAAUAAUGAGUGGAAUGGAGUUUUAUUUUGAAAUAAAGCUUUAUUUUUGCUCUA